UCAAUGUGUUUGCCUCUGCAGGUGGUUUUGCAUUUGUGUAUGAAGCCCAGGACACAAGCAGCAGUAAAGAAUAUGCUCUCAAGGUAAGCAUUGAUUUCCUUCACACACGUUUCUGCCCACACCUUGCUAACGUAGGCUGGUUUAGACAAUGGUAGCGUCCCAAAUGCCACCCUAUUCCUUACAUUUGACCAGCGCACAUAGGGUGCAAUUCGGGACACAUUCAUUGUUCUCUGUGUUUGUUAAAUGGUGAAAUAUCUGCCGUGUGUGUGUGUGUGUGUGUGUGUGUGUGUGUGUGUGUGUGUGUGUGUGUGUGUGUGUGUGUCUGCAGAGGCUCCUGUCCCAGGAGGAAGAGAAGAACAAAGAAGUCAUCCAGGAGGUCUGCUUCAUGGUAUCCUUUUGAGUGGUCUAUGUUCAUGGAAACGUCGGAACACUGAACGUUCCUCCUAGAGAACAUCCUUUAGUCAAGAAACGCCUAAUCUGUCUGUCUGACUUAAUAAUCAUUUUUGAUAAAACAGACCAAUCUGAAUAAAGUAGACAAUAUUCUUUAAAAGUUCCGGUGUUGGUGUCAAAUGGCAAUAGGCAUUUGGCUCCUCAUACAUCCACAUUCAUGCCCCUAACCUCUGUCCCUAACCUUUUUAAAACAGCCCCAUUCACUAACGCUUUAUUUCCAUUGGCAUUUGGGGUCGAAUGUGGCCCUAAUUUUAAAGCGCCAAUGGAAACGGGGCUUAAGUGACAACCCAGUUUGAUAUACCAACCGUCAGUUCCUUUUCUUUGACCUGAGUGCUCUACAGAAAAAGCUCUCUGGUCACCCCAACGUGGUGCAGUUCAGCUCCGCAGCGUCCAUCGCCAAGGAGGAGUCGGACACAGGCCAGGCUGAGUUCCUCAUUCUCACAGAGCUCUGUAAAGGUACUACAGACUCCUCUGUGUGGUGCCGAUCCCUCUGUGGUGCCGACCCCUCUGGUGUGGUGCCGACCCCUCUGUGUGGUGCCGAUCCCUCUGUGUGGUGCCGAUCCCUCUGUGGUGCCGAUCCCUCUGUGUGGUGCCGACUCCUCUGUGUGGUGCCGACUCCUCUGUGUGGUGCCGACCCCUCUGUGUGGUGCCGAUCCCUCUGUGUGCCCGAUCCCUCUGUUGGUGCCGAUCCCUCUGUGUGGUGCCGACCCCUCUGUGUGGUGCCGACCCCUCUGUGUGGUGCCGACCCCUCUGUGUGGUGCCGACCCCUCUGUGUGGUGCCGACCCCUCUGUGUGGUGCCGACCCCUCUGUGGUGCCGACCCCUCUGUGUGGUGCCGACCCCUCUGUGUGGUGCCGACCCCUCUGUGUGGUGCCGACCCCUCUGUGUGGUGCCGACCCCUCUGUGUGGUGCCGAUCCCUCUGUGUGGUGCCGACCCCUCUGUGGUGCCGACCCCUCUGUGUGGUGCCGACCCCUCUGUGUGGUGCCGACCCCUCUGUGUGGUGCCGACCCCUCUGUGUGGUGCCGACCCCUCUGUGUGGUGCCGACCCCUCUGUGUGUUGCCGACCCCUCUGUGUGUUGCCGACCCCUCUGUGUGUUGCCGACCCCUCUGUGUGGUGCCGACCCCUCUGUGUGGUGCCGACCCCUCUGUGUGGUGCCGACCCCUCUGUGUGGUGCCGACCCCUCUGUGUGGUGCCGACCCCUCUGUGUGUUUGCCGACCCCUCUGUGUGUUGCCGACCCCUCUGUGUGGUGCCGACCCCUCUGUGUGGUGCCGACCCCUCUGUGUGUUGCCGACCCCUCUGUGUGGUGCCGACCCCUCUGUGUGGUGCCGAUGCCUCACAGUGAAGUCACAAAGCUGUUAGAGUACUUCUAGUGGAAUAAAAACCCUGCCUAAGCUACAUCCACACUAUGUUUUCUGUUUCGCUGUGCGCAGCGCGAAGAGUAGGGCUGAAAACCAAGCCUAACUCUUUCUCUUUGUUCUUGAGCGUAAUGUGGAUGUAGCAAUAUCUUCCAGAGGCCUAUUUUGGAGUGUGUAUUGACAAGCCUGUAUUACAGUUUAUACUUCUCUGAAUAUGCCUGAUGUUAUCAAGCAAAUGUAUGCGCUAUAGUCUUCUACUAAUAAGCAAUACCUUUAAGGCCGGUUUCCCAUGCACAGAUUGAGCCUAGUUCGGAACUAAAAAGCAUUCUCAAUAGAGAUUUAAGAUUCUCCAUUGAAAGUGAUUUUUUUGUCCAGGACUAGGCUUAAUCUGUAUCAGGGAAACUGCCCCAUAAUGGUUAGCCAGUGAUUAGCAAUUACUUUGACUGGUACUCUCCAUGUUGCUGAUCAGGCUCUUCCUGUCUGCCUCCCCCAGGUCAACUGGUGGACUUCAUCAAGCGGGUGGAGCAGAAGGGACCCAUGUCAUGUGACACGGUGCUGAAGAUCUUCUACCAGUCGUGUCGUGCAGUGCAGCACAUGCACAAACAGAAGCCUCCCAUCAUCCACCGGGAUCUUAAGGUGAGCAGUUCAAAGCCCAACUCUCCCUCUAAUUUCCCCUAGGUACAGAUCUAGGAUCAGCGUCCCUUUCCCAAUCCUGACCUUAACCAUUAGUGGGGAAAUGUAAAACUGACCCAAGAUCAGUGUCUAGGGGGCAACAUCACCCUACUUCCCCUCUCAACUCCUGCCAUGGCCAGUACCUCUUCCCUCUUUACUAUACCUGGUACUUCUCAGCACUACCUUCCUGUACACGUCCUGUGGUCUCAUCCCACUCCCUUGAAUAGUGUCCCCCUCUCCCCAUUCUCCUGGGUUUUGACUAGACGGAGUACAGCUUUUGUCAAACUUGACCUUUUCGCAGCAGGUUAGGAGAACGUACGCAGCAGGUUAGGAGAACGUACGCAGCAGGUUAGGAGAACGAACGCAGCAGGUUAGGAGAACGAACGAAGCAGGUUGGGAGAACGAACGCAGCAGGUUAGGAGAACGAACGCAGCAGGUUAGGAGAACGAACGCAGCAGGUUAGGAGAACGAACGCAGCAGGUUAGGAGAACGAACGCAGCAGGUUAGGAGAACGAACGCAGCAGGUUAGGAGAACGAACGCAGCAGGUUAGGAGAACGAACGCAGCAGGUUAGGAGAACGAACGCAGCAGGUUAGGAGAACGUACGCAGCAGGUUAGGAGAACGUACGCAGCAGGUUAGGAGAAUGAACGCAGCAGGUUAGGAGAACGAACGCAGCAGGUUAAGAGAACGUACGCAGCAGGUUAGGAGAACGAACGCAGCAGGUUAGGAGAACGUACGCAGCAGGUUGGGAGAACGUACGCAGCAGGUUAGGAGAACGAAUGCAGCAGGUUAGGAGAACGUACGCAGCAGGUUAGGAGAACGUAGGCAGCAGGUUAGGAGAACGAACGCAGCAGGUUAGGAGAACGAACGCAGCAGGUUAGGAGAACGUACGCAGCAGGUUAGGAGAACGUACGCAGCAGGUUAGGAGAACGUACGCAGCAGGUUAGGAGAGCGAACGCAGCAGGUUAGGAGAACGAACGCAGCAGGUUAGGAGAAUUGGUUAAUGUUAGGAAAAGGGUUAGGGUUAGCAAAAAUGCAAAAAAAUCAACUUUUGACGUCAAUUUGACAUAAGCUGUAUGCUAUCUAGACAUGACCAUUCUCCUGUGGCCCGCUGUAUGCUAUCUAGACAUGACCAUUCUCCUGUGGCCCGCUGUAUGCUAUCUAGACAUGACCAUUCUCCUGUGGUCCGCUGUAUGCUAUCUAGACAUGACCAUUCUCCAUGUAGGGCCGCUUGUAUGCUAUCUAGACUAUGACCAUUCUCCCUGUGGUCUCGCUGUAUGCUUUCUAGAUCAUGCCAUUGCUUCCCUGUGGCCAGCAGUAUAUGCAUCUAGACCAUGACCAUUCUCCUUUGGCCCGCUGUAUUGCUCAUCUAGACAUGAACCAUUGCUCCAUGUGGCCCGCUGUAUGCUAUCUAGACAUGACAUUCUCCUGUGGCCAGCUGUAUGCUAUCUAGACAUGACCAUUCUCCUCCUCUUCCAGUAAGACUUCCCUCCCUCCCUGCUCUACCACUGCCACACUUAACUUUCAGACAACUGUUUGUCAGACUUUUUUACGGUUUUUUUCGUUAAUCAGUGAUGAAACACCAUUGUUAUGUGUGUGCUGUGACUGCAGAGUGCUGAUGUAGGCCUCCGUGUUCUCUGGAACCCCUCUACCCCUCCCGCGGCCCUCACACUCAUUCUGUUUCCUGACUUUCUAGUGGACUCAGGCAUUGUUUAAGUGUUUUGGAAUGGGAACUGAGAACCAGGUCAAACCAGAGGCUAUACAUUUUGUGAAUUGUUCGAGAAAUGCUAGAGGAGCGGAGUUGACUCGAUGCAAUAUUUUGAUGUGCCCUGCUGUUUGACGGUACUCAAGUCUUUGAUUUGAGGCUGAUAAGCAUCGUGAAAAUAAAGCACAGUGGAAAUAAACACCCUGCUUCUAAAGCACUGUGGAAAUAAACACCCUGCUUCUAAAGCACUGUGGAAAUAAACACCCUGCUUCUAAAGCACUGUGGAAAUAAACACCCUGCUUCUAAAGCACUGUGGAAAUAAACACCCUGCUUCUAAAGCGCUGUGAAAAUAAACACCCUGCUUCUAAAGCACUGUGGAAAUAAACACCCUGCUUCUAGAAGCACUGUGGAAAAUAAACACCCCUGCUUCUAAAGCACUGUGGAAAAUAACAACCCUGCUUCUAAAGCACUGUGGAAAUACACACCCUGCUUCUAAAGCACUGUGGAAAUAAACACCCAUGCUUCUAAAGCACGUGGAAAUAAACACCCUGCUUCUAAAGCACUGUGGAAAUAAACACCCUGCUUCUAAAGCACUGUGGAAAUAAACACCCUGCUCUAAAGCACUGUGGAAAUUAAACACCCUGGCUUCUAAAGCACUGUGGAAAUAAACACCCUGCUUCCUAAAGCACUGUGGAAAAUAAAACACCUGUUCUAAAGACUGUGGGAAAUAAUCACCCUGCUUCUAAAGCACUGUGGAAAUAAACCACCUGCUUCUAAAGGCACAUGUGGAAAUAAACACCCUGCUUCUAAAGCACUGUGGAAAUAAACACCCUGCUUCUAAAGCACUGUGGAAAUAAACACCCUGCUUCUAAAGCACUGUGGAAAUAAAGGUAUUGCUGCCUCUUGUCCUUGCUUUAUUGAUGUUUAUCAGAAUCACCUUUUUUCGCCAAAUAGAUUUACAUCUUCCGUGAAUUUGAAUUGGUGAAAUGGUGCUGACAUCGCCUUACAACAAACAAAAUACCCAGACCGAAUAUAGAAAAACAAAUGUACACAUCAUCUACAAUCUCAUAAUGAGCCACUGUCCUUCUGUCCGUCUCCUCCAGAUUGAGAACUUGCUGAUCAGUCACCAGGGCACCGUCAAGCUGUGUGACUUUGGGAGUUCCACCACGAUAGCACACUAUCCUGACUACAGCUGGUCUGCCCAGAAGAGGUCCAUGGUGGAGGACGAGGUGAUUUUGGAAACCCCCUGUCUGUGACCAUGUUGUAGUACUGAUUUACAUUUAAGUCAUUUAGCAGACGCUCUUAUCCAGAGCGACUUACAAAUUGGUGCAUUCAACUUAGGAUAGCCAGUGGGACGACUACAUCUUGAUCACAGUAAGUACACUUCUUCAAACAAGCAGCUGUGAGGGAAGUCAGUUAAAUCAGGGACAACUACAUCUCGAUCACAAUAAGUACAUUUCUUUAAACAAGUCAGUGCUAGCAGGUGAAAUAAGUCAGGUGUUAGUUUAGACAAAAGACAGUGGUAGUAAAGGGGGGGUAGAAGGAUUACUAUAAUAAUAUUCCAGGUAUUCCUUAAAGCGGUAGGGUUUCAAGUGUCUCCGGAAGGUGGUCAGUGACUCCACUGUCCUGGUGUCGUGGGGGAGCUUGUUCCACCAUUGGGGUGUCAGAGCAGUGAAUAGCUUUUACUGGGCUGAGCGGGAACUGUGCUUCCGUAGAGGUAGGGGGGCUAGCAGGCCAGAGGUGGAUGAACGUAGUGCCCUCGUUUGGGUGUAGGGUCUGAUCAGAGCCUGAAGGUAAGGAGGUGCCGUUCCCCUCACAGCUCCGUAGGCAAGCACCAUGGUUUUGUAGUAGAUGCGAGCUUCAACUGGAAGCCAGUGGAGUGUGCGGAGGAGCGGGGUGACGUGAGAGAACUUGGGAAGGUUGAACACCAGACGGGCUGCGGCAUUCUGGAUAAGUUGCAGGGGUUUAAUGGCACAGGCAGGGAGCCCAGCCAACAGCAAGUUGCAGUAAUCCAGAUGGGAGAUGACAAGUGCCUGGAUUAGGACCUGUGCCGCUUUCUGUUUAAGGUAGGGUCGUACUCUGCAAAUGUUUUAGAGCAUGAACCUGCAGGAUCGGGUCACCGCUUUGAUGUUAGCAGAGAACGACAGGGUGUUGUCCAGGGUCACGCCAAGGCUCUUUGCACUCUGGGAGGAGGACACAAUGGAGUUGUCAACCGUGAUGGCAAGAUCAUGGAGCGGGCAGUCCUUCCCCGGGAGGAAGAGCAGCUCUGUCUUGCCGAGGUUCAGCUUGAGGUGGUGAUCCGACAUCCACACUGAUAUGUCUGCCAGACUUGCAGAUAUACGAUUCGCCACCUGGUUAUCAGAAGGGGGAAAGGAGAAAAUUAAUUGUGUGUCGUCUGCGUAGCAAUGAUAGGAGAGACCAUGUGAGGAUAUGACAGAGCCAAGUGACUUGGUGUAAAGAGAGAAUAGGAGAGGGCCUAGAACUGAGCCCUGGGGGACACCAGUGGUGAGAGCACGUGGUGCGGAGACAGAUUCUCGCCACGCCACCUGGUAGGAGCGACCUGUCAGGUAGGACGCAAUCCAAGAGUGAGCAGCGCCGGAGAUGCCCAACUCGGAGAGGGUGGAGAGGAGGAUCUGAUGGUUUACAGUAUCAAAGGCAGCGGAUAGGUCUAGAAGGAUAAGAGCAGAGGAGAGAGAGUUAGCUUUGGCAGUGCGGAGAGCCUCCGUGACACAGAGAAGAGCAGUCUCAGUUGAAUGACCAGUCUUGAAACCUGACUGGUUAGGAUCAAGAAGGGAAUUCUGAGAGAGAUAGCAGGAGAGUUGGCUAGGGAUGGCACGCUCAAGAGUUUUGGAGAGAAAAGAAAGAAGGGAUACUGGUCUGUAGUUGUUGACAUCGGAGGGAUCGAGUGUAGGUUUUUUGAGAAGGGGUGCAACUCUCGCCCUCUUGAAGAUGGAAGGGACAUAGCCAGCAGUCAAGGAUGAGUUGAUGAGCGAGGUGAGGUAAGGGAGAAGGUCUCCGGAAAUGGUCUGGGGAAGAGAGGAGGGGAUAGGGUCAAGCGGGCAGGUUGUUGGGCGGCCGGCCGUCACAAGUCGCAAGAUUUCAUCUGGGGAGACUAAACCUAGUCCUGGACUAAACUUUAGGUGGAUAAUUUCCUUAAAUGCUUUUUAGUCCAGGAUUAGUCUUAAUAAGUGUCUGGGAAACCGGCCCCAAUUGAUAUAAUUACACAAAAUUAUUAUUUGUUCCUGCGCCAACGUUGGUUAAUCGAAUCAGAACACACUGGCUUGCCUCAAACCCUGUGACGCCAGUCUAUUUUCCUCCAGUUUAAUGAUACUCUACAGGAAACUAGCAUGAAUACAGAAAGCUAAUUAUUGGCUAGAGGAAUCACUCAUGCUGAAGAUUUUUUUCUGUAUUUGAAUGUGCUGGAGAUAGCUAAACCUUAUAAACAGAAUGACUAGGACUUGGAACCUUUUAACAAUUUGACUGGUAACUCAUGGGUGCACAAAAAAAUGGCUUCCAGAUGACCCAUUAUGGCAUCAUCGACUUAAUGGGGAGGCUUGUUCUACUCAUUCUGUGAGCUACCGGUAAACUAAAGUGACCCUCUCCGGUCACCUUCCUCUGUCCCCAGAUCACCAGAAACACCACUCCUGCCUACAGGACACCUGAGAUGAUUGACCUGUAUUCCAACUUCCCCAUUAACGAGAAGCAAGACAUCUGGGUAAGACUUGCCACAGCAACUUCACAUAGCAUCAUUUAUCUAGUCUGUCUGUCGUUUGUUUAGUUUGCUGCUGUAUUGGUAGCUGUGUCACCUGCUAAGGUGAGCCCUAUUGGGGCCCUGAUCAAAAGUAGUGCACUAUAAAGGGAAUAGGGUGUUUAUUUAAGACACAUCUCUAUUACCUGUUGAUCAUUUUCCUUUGUGUGUCUGUGUGUGUGUGUGUCUCGCUCUCUCUCUCCAGGCAUUGGGUUGUAUCCUCUACCUGUUGUGCUUCAAGCAGCACCCCUUCGAGGAGGGCGCCAAGCUGCAGAUAGUCAAUGGGAAGUACGCCAUCCCCCAGAAUGAUGUCAAGUACACUGUCUACCACGAGCUCAUCAGUAAGAACCUCUGUACAUUCAUCAGAUCAGGCCUCUCAUAUUAGUGCUCGUCUUAGUAAAUGCGGCCGGUGGUUUAAAAAUGAAUAAAUAGUUAAAAAGAGAAAGAGAGACCCUGUACACAGCUGUGCAUCUUGGUUUAUUUGCUGGUUUUGAACCCUGUACACAGCAGUGCAUCUUGGUUUAUUUGCUGGUUUUGAACCCUGUACACAGCUGUGCAUCUAGGUCUAGUUGCUGGUUUUGAACCCUGUACACAGCAGUUCAUCUAGGUCUAGUUGCUGGUUUUGAACCCUGUACACAGCAGUUCAUCUAGGUCUAGUUGCUGGUUUUGAACCCUGUACACAGCAGUUCAGCUAGGUCUAGUUGCUGGUUUUGAACCCUGUACACAGCAGUGCAUCUUGGUCUAGUUGCUGGUUUUGAACCCUGUACACAGCAGUUCAGCUAGGUCUAGUUGCUGGUUUUGGCAGGAACGACUAGUAUAAAAAAAAAUACUACGCACACCGAAAAAAGAGGCGAACGACUUUGAGGUUAUGAGGUGAGAUCUGCCAGAGGAGGACUGGCCACCCCUCGGAGCCUGGUUCCUCUCUAGGUUUCUUCCUGGGUUACUGCCUCUGGCCACCCCUCUGAGCCUGGUUCCUCUCUAGGUUUCUUCCUGGGUUACUGCCUCUGGCCACCCCUCUGAGCCUGGUUCCUCUCUAGGUUUCUUCCUGGGUUACUGCCUCUGGCCACCCCUCGAAGCCUGGUUCCUCUCUAAGUUUCUUCCUGGGUUACUGCCUCUGGCCACUCCUCGGAGCCUGGUUCCUCUCUAGGUUUCUUCCUGGGUUACUGCCUCUGGCCACCCCUCGAAGCCUGGUUCCUCUCUAGGUUUCUUCCUGGGUUACUGCCUCUGGCCACUCCUCUGAGCCUGGUUCCUCUCUAGGUUUCUUCCUGGGUUACUGCCUCUGGCCACCCCUCGGAGCCUGGUUCCUCUCUAGGUUUCUUCCUGGGUUACUGCCUCUGGCCACCCCUCGGAGCCUGGUUCCUCUCUAGGUUUCUUCCUGGGUUACUGCCUCUGGCCACCCCUCGGAGCCUGGUUCCUCUCUAGGUUUCUUCCUGGGUUACAGCCUUCUAGGGAGUGUUUUCUAGCCACUGUGCUUCUGCCUCUGCAUUGUUUGGUCUUAGAGUUUUAGGCUGGGUUUCCAUUAAGCCCCAAGUGACAACUGCUGGUGUAAAAAUGUCUUUAUAAAAUGUCUUUAUAAAAUGUCUUUAUAAAAUGUCUUUGAUUGAGGUGUUUGCGUGUGGCCUCAGUGCUAAGAGGUUCUGUUUGUGCCAUUCCUCGACCCUUCUCAGGAUCCAUGCUGAAGAUCAACCCAGAGGAGAGGCUGUCCAUCACAGAGCUGGUCAACCAACUGCAGGAGAUUGCUGCGGCGCGCAACGUCAACCCCAAGUCUCCCAUCACAGAGGUAACCGACUGACCUUCAACCCCCUGACCAUUGACAUCUGAACCCCUUCUGCUUGUCUGACCUUACUAGCAUGGCAACCCAACUCCCUCACGUCUCCUUUCUAGAGCCUUUUGCGUGAGGGGCCUUGACAUUGACAACUGCAUUUGUAUACUGGUUCUACCAAAUACCAUCACAGGAUGUGAAAUGACUUCAGCCAAACACAGCACGUUGCCUGGUUUUUGAUCAGUACAGUUGCUCACAUAAUGACUUGUAGUUGUCCCACUUACUUCUCCGUUGGUGGCAUUGUCCUAGCAUUAGCCGUAUCAGAGUGUCUAUUGAGAGUGGUGUGGGGUGUGAGAGAGGAGGAUAUGUCCUUGGUUGGAUACUCAGGGUAAUGCCCCCUGCUUAAGGUCCCACGAAAGGUCAGGUCACCUUUCCCCCCUUGGGUGACCAUGAGGUGACCAUGAGGGGACCAUGAGCGGACCAUGAGGUUUAGGGACUCCCUAUCCCUCCCCCUUGCUCUUGGACCUAACCCCUCCAGUAUAUUGUUAAAGUUUCCACUAUAUUGCUUCCACCUUUAAUAUCUGCAAACGUUGAUGAGUUAGGGCCGAGGGCAGUGGUAGGAAUUGAAUUGGGACUGUGUAGCCCAGUUACCCCCCCCCCCCCCCCCCCACACUCCUUUACGGCAAACAAGUUGGGUCUUGGCGUACAAAGGGAAUCAGGUCUCCAGUAGUGCCACCAACUCUCUGAAGAGCUAUUCACCAACUCUCUGAAGAGCUAUUCACCAACUCUCUGAAGAGCUAUUCACCAACUCUCUGAAGAGCUAUUCACCAACUCUCUGAAGAGCUAUUCACCAACUCUCUGAAGAGCUAUUCACCAACUCUCUGAAGAGCUAUUCACCAACUCUCUGAAGAGCUAUUCACCAACUCUCUGAAGAGCUAUUCACCAACUCUCUGAAGAGCUAUUCACCAACUCUCUGAAGAGCUAUUCACCAACUCUCUGAAGAGCUAUUCACCAACUCUCUGAAGAGCUAUUCACCAACUCUCUGAAGAGCUAUUCACCAACUCUCUGAAGAGCUAUUCACCAACUCUCUGAAGAGCUAUUCACCAACUCUCUGAAGAGCUAUUCACCAACUCUCUGAAGAGCUAUUCACCAACUCUCUGAAGAGCUAUUCACCAACUCUCUGAAGAGCUAUUCACCAACUCUCUGAAGAGCUAUUCACCAACUCUCUGAAGAGCUAUUCACCAACUCUCUGAAGAGCUAUUCACCAACUCUCUGAAGAGCUAUUCACCAACUCUCUGAAGAGCUAUUCACCAACUCUCUGAAGAGCUAUUCACCAACUCUCUGAAGAGCUAUUCACCAACUCUCUGAAGAGCUAUUCACCAACUCUCUGAAGAGCUAUUCACCAACUCUCUGAAGAGCUAUUCACCAACUCUCUGAAGAGCUAUUCACCAACUCUCUGAAGAGCUAUUCACCAACUCUCUGAAGAGCUAUUCACCAACUCUCUGAAGAGCUAUUCACCAACUCUCUGAAGAGCUAUUCACCAACUCUCUGAAGAGCUAUUCACCAACUCUCUGAAGAGCUAUUCACCAACUCUCUGAAGAGCUAUUCACCAACUCUCUGAAGAGCUAUUCACCAACUCUCUGAAGAGCUAUUCACCAACUCUCUGAAGAGCUAUUCACCAACUCUCUGAAGAGCUAUUCACCAACUCUCUGAAGAGCUAUUCACCAACUCUCUGAAGAGCUAUUCACCAACUCUCUGAAGAGCUAUUCACCAACUCUCUGAAGAGCUAUUCACCAACUCUCUGAAGAGCUAUUCACCAACUCUCUGAAGAGCUAUUCACCAACUCUCUGAAGAGCUAUUCACCAACUCUCUGAAGAGCUAUUCACCAACUCUCUGAAGAGCUAUUCACCAACUCUCUGAAGAGCUAUUCACCAACUCUCUGAAGAGCUAUUCACCAACUCUCUGAAGAGCUAUUCACCAACUCUCUGAAGAGCUAUUCACCAACUCUCUGAAGAGCUAUUCACCAACUCUCUGAAGAGCUAUUCACCAACUCUCUGAAGAGCUAUUCACCAACUCUCUGAAGAGCUAUUCACCAACUCUCUGAAGAGCUAUUCACCAACUCUCUGAAGAGCUAUUCACCAACUCUCUGAAGAGCUAUUCACCAACUCUCUGAAGAGCUAUUCACCAACUCUCUGAAGAGCUAUUCACCAACUCUCUGAAGAGCUAUUCACCAACUCUCUGAAGAGCUAUUCACCAACUCUCUGAAGAGCUAUUCACCAACUCUCUGCUUCCCUCCCUCCCUCCUCCUCAACCCCCUCCACCAUCAGCCACAAAGAAGUGUCUCAACCCAGCCACAGUCACACACAACAGCCGUUUCAGUCUGAACGGAAAGUGAUGUCACAUGAUGGGGAAAGAAAGAGAGAAAUGAGAGGGAGGGAGAGAUGGAGGGAAAGAGAGAGAGAGAGAAAUAAAAUACUUAGAGAAGCAAAAGGAGAGAAGGAUGGAAGGGAGAAAAGAGAGUAGUCAGCCGUAUACUUGGUCUACUGUGGGACUUGGCAUGUUGUUGGAAGGGUGUGAAAUUGUACUUUUUGCCGUGAUAGGGGGUGAUGUAAGGGUAGGUUCAGAGUGACGUUUUUACUUGGAACGGUUGGCGUCGAAGGGAUGGACUUCUAUUGGCUAUCUCUUUUGUUUUUAAGUGUGUGUGGGGGGGGGUGUUAUUUGUUUACUAGUGGUCAAACCAUCACGGUCAUAAGGCUCAUCUUUUGCUGUUGGUGUGCAGCGACAACUUCAGGAGUAGUAGUAGUAGUAGUAGUAGUAGUAGUAGUAGUAGUAGUAGUAGUAGUAGCAGUAGCAGUAGUAGUAGUAGCAGUAGCAGCAGCAGCAGCAGUAGCAGUAGCAGCAGUAGUAGUAGUAGCAGCAGUAGUAGUAGCCGUAGCAGUAGUAGUAGCAGUAGUAGUAGUAGUAGUAGUAGUAGUAGUAGGAGCAGUAGUAGCAGCAGUAGUAGUAGCAGUAGUAGUAGUAGUAGUAGUAGUAGUAGUAGCAGUAGUAGUAGUAGUAGUAGUAGGAGCAGUAUAAUAAUAAUAAUAUGCCAUUUAGCAGACGCUUUUAUCCAGAGCGACUUACAGUCAUGUGUGCAUACAUUUUUACGUAUGGGUGGUCCCGGGGAUUGAACCCACUACCCUGGCGUUACAAGCGCAAUGCUCUACCAAUUGAGCUACAGAGGACCAGUAGUAGUGGUAGUAGUAGUAGUAACAGUAGUAGUAGUAGUAGUAGUAGUAGUAGUAGUAGUAGUAGUAGUAGUAGUAGUAGUAGUAGUAGUAGUAGUAGUAAAAGUACUAGUAGUGGUAGUAGUAACAGUAGUAGUAGUGAUUGUGGUAGUAGUAGUAGUAACAGUAGUAUUAGUAGUAACAGUAGUAGUAGCCGUAGCAGUAGUAGUAGCCAUAGCAGCAGCAGUAGUAGUAGUAGUAGUAGUAGUAGUAGUGGUAACAGUAGUAGUAGUAGUAUUAGUAGUAACAGUAGUAGUAGUAGUGGUAGUAAUUACAUUUUUACAUUUUAGUCAUUUAGCAGACGCUCUUAUCCAGAGCGACUUACAGGAGCAAUUAGGGUUAAGUGCCUUGCUCAAGGGCACAUUUACGUCAUUUAGCAGACGCUCUUAUCCAGAGUGACUCACAAAUUGGUGCAUUCACCCUAUAGCCAGUGGGAUAACCACUUUACAAUUUUUUUAUUGGGGGGGGGGGGGUAGAAGGAUUACUUUAUCCUAUCCCAGGUAUUCCUUAAAGAGGUGGGGUUUCAAAUGUCUCCGGAAGGUGGUGAGUGACUCCGCUGUCCUGGCGUCGUGAGGGAGCUUGUUCCACCAUUGGGGUGCCAGAGCAGCGAACAGUUUUGACUGGGCUGAGCGGGAACUAUGCUUCCGCAGAGGAAGGGGAGCCAGCAGGCCAGAGGUGGAUGAACGCAGUGCCCUCGUUUGGGUGUAGGGACUGAUCAGAGCCCGAAGGUACAGAGGUGCCGUUCCCCUCACUGCUCCAUAGGCAAGCACCAUGGUCUUGUAACGGAUGCGAGCUUCAACUGGAAGCCAGUGGAGUGUGCGGAGGAGGGGGGUGACGUGAGAGAACUUGGGAAGGUUGAACACCAGACGGGCUGCGGCAUUCAGGAUGAGUUGUAGGGGUUUAAUGGCACAGGCAGGGAGGCCAGCCAACAGCGAGUUGCAGUAAUCCAGACGGGAGAUGACAAGUGCCUGGAUUAGGACCUGUGCCGCUUCCUGUGUAAGGCAGGGUCGUACUCUCCGAAUGUUGUAGAGCAUGAACCUGCAGGAGCGGGUCACCGCCUUGAUGUUAGCGGAGAACGACAGGGUGUUGUCCAGGGUCACGCCAAGGCUCUUCGCACUCUGGGAGGAGGACACAACGGAGUUGUCAACCGUGAUGGCGAGAUCAUGGAACGGGCAGUCCUUCCCCGGGAGGAAGAGCAGCUCCGUCUUGCCAGGGUUCAGCUUGAGGUGGUGAUCCGUCAUCCAUACUGAUAUGUCUGCCAGACAUGCAGAGAUGCGAUUCGCCACCUGGUUAUCAGAAGGGGGAAAGGAGAAGAUUAGUUGUGUAUCGUCAGCGUAGCAAUGAUAGGAGAGGCCAUGUGAGGAUAUGACAGAGCCAAGUGACUUGGUGUAUAGGGAGAAAAGGAGAGGGCCUAGAACUGAGCCCUGGGGGACACCAGUGGUGAGAGCACGUGGUGCGGAGACAGAUAAUGUCGGUAAGGGGUAGACAUAACUGCUCCCCUGUGUCUGAGGGCAGAUUUAGGCUGGGAUGAUCUGGGUUAAGCGGGGGUUUCUCUGUGGGUUAAGGAGCUUACCCCCUCCGGAGAGGAAGCACGGCCAAGACUGGAAGGACUCGUAAAUGUUUGGCCCUCACCGACACACCCAUAGAUACCUACACUCUGGUCCAGGGGAAAUAUAAUUAUGUUCUGACUGAUUCCACUGACUCUGACUGCCUUCUCUUGGGACUUGUUUUUUGUCCUUCUCUUGUCAACUGUUUGUUUUUGGUGCUUGGUCGCCCCAUGAGUCUGUUGAGGCCAGACUACUGUUUGAGGCCUGCUUAUGAUGGCUAUGAAUCUCUGCAGCUGCUGGAGCAGAACGGAGGCUUUGGCAACAACGGCGCACAGCCCCCAGCCCAGAUCCACAACAUCCACAAUGCAGGUGAGUUCAACAGCUCUGUGUGUGUGUCCUGUGUGUCUCCUGUGUGUGUGUGUGUGUGUCACUUGUCACUGUUUUGUUUCAACCAGGAAUAUCUUUAUAAUGAUUGGAAUUGGGGCCAACAUUGUACUUCAAUCAGACAAAUCUCAUUGUACUUCAAUCAGACAAAUCUCAUUUGAACCAUGAAAGGAGGGACGAUGUAACAUCUAGUAACUAAAUUGAUAUCUAGUUUGGUGAAAAAUAAAAGGUGAUGGCAUCUCCUAACAAGUCUAAUCGCAAAUGUACUCUUUUAUUUGUUAAAGAAAGUGGUCACGAUUUUUUGAUCUCAGACUGUCGUGUCUUGUCAAAGCUUGUCUAGUUUUUCCUUUUUCUGAUAGUCUGAAAGGUUGUCUCUAUCUCUCUCUACUCUCUCCCUGCCUCUCUCUCUCUCGCUGUCUCUCUCUCUCCCUGCCUCUCUCUCUCGCUGUCUCUCUCUCUCUCUCUCUCACUCUCUCUCUCUCUCUCUCUCUCGCUGUCUCUCUCUCUCGUAGUUAGAUAGUCUAGAUGCAGUGAGUGUGAAAGGUUGUCUGUCUCUCUCUGUCUCGUGGUUAGUUACUCAAUAAGAUGCAUUUCAGCCACAAUUGAGCCGGUCUAAUGGAACCUGCUCCGCCAUGUUCUCUUCAUAACGGGAAGCCAGCAUCUCUAGCCAUAGCUCACUCUAUCCUCCUAGGGGCUCAUCAAUCAGUGGACUAUGUCGCCACUACUCCUGCCUGGGGACACUAACUGGGAGGCUAACUGGCGAGGAGCUCACCAUGUCACUCCUGCCUGGGGACACUAACUGGGAGGCUAACUGGCGAGGAGCUCACCAUGUCACUCAUGCCUGUAAUCUGGUUAUGCUGUCCCCUCUUGGCUCCUUCCCUCCUUCCCUCCGUCCCUCGUGACCUCAGGCUAGGAAGGAACAAGCAUGGCCACAUAGUGAGUUGGUUUGGACCUGAGUUGGUGAAGGCAGUCUGGGCCCAUAGUCACCGAGCGUCUCAGAGUAGGAGUGUUGAUUUUAGGAUCCGUUUUUACUUUAAGAUCACAUGGAAAAGGGGGGGACCUGGGCUCAUAUCCACCAAGCGUCUCAGAGUAGGAAUGCUGAUCUAGGAUCCGUUUUGCCUUUUUAUAUUAUAAUGAAUAAGAUUCUAUGGACCUGAUCCUAGAUCAGCAGUCCUAGUCUGAGAUGCUUGAAACACUCUCUCACAGCCUGCAGUGUUUGGCAGGUAGCUUAGUGGUUAAGAGCGUUGUGCCAGUAACCGAAAGGUCGCUGGUUCUAAUCCCCGAGCCGACUAGGUGAAAAAUCUGUCGUUGUGCCCUUGAGCGAGGCACUUAACCCUAAUUGCUCCUGUAAGUCGCUCUGGAUAAGAGCGUCUGCUAAAUGACUAAAAUGUAAAUGUCUCCUUAGACUCGUGGUGCGGUCCGCUUGUCGCCUAAUGUUUGCACUGGGUGUGUUUUUUUUAAAUAACCUACGGAUACAUCGAUUUUUAAAUGCUGGAACACGGCUUACAACUCACUCACUUAGGAAGGGACUGACUAGUCAUUAUGGGUCACAAAAUGUAAUUAAAACUUAAAUCUAGGUCAGAAUGGAUGAUAUUUCAAAUAUCAUACUUGUGAAAAAUAUAUCCACAGGGUUAAUUAAGCACAUGCAGGAUAUCAAAGUUAUAUGCUUAGUAUUUUCCAGUUUGUACUGGCUCUAAACAAAUGAAAAUACUAAGCAUAUAACUUUGAUAUCCUUCAUGUGCUUUUCCCUGUGGAUAUAUUUUUACACUGACUCUUUUCAGAAUUAGCACUGCAAACAUCUACUAGGAACACUUUAUUAUAAUCUUGGCUGAAAAAUACUUUUGUUUGAAUCUAUCAUACUUGGAAAUGUAACUUUUAAGGAAGAGUGCUCAUGGAGUGGAGACGCACACAAACACACCAACUACUACUCGUGAUCUGGUGCUAUGUGUUCGGCUGUUAAGACGACUGCUCUUUUGACAGUCAGCCAUCUGGUGAACAGACUGGGGCCUCCCUGUGGUGAGAUGCCUCCUGUACUCAUUCACACCUGGCGUCAGUGCUUAAUAUGAGCCAGAUCCUGCCGGAACAGUAUCCGGCACCUCUGUUUUGUACUCUUUGGUUCCGGAACCCAUUUUCCAGGAUCAGGUAGCCUAACCUCUUGUGGCAUGAAACAUUAUUUUCACGGUUUGCAAUGUAAAAAUCAUAAUAAAAGCAAUCGGAGUAAUUCCAUUUUGACUCCUCUGUAAUUCUCCUGCCCCCUAAAAACAAACGUAAUGUGAAAACGUGCCUGAUAUUCUAAGAAUUGAUUCAUGUUGGCCCGGGUUUAUGGUUUGCACAACAUUGUGGCCUAUAUAGACCAACGCGGGCCAUUGCUGUGGUGCGAGAGAGAGAAGCACACCUAUAUCUCUCACAGAACUAAAAUGAGAAUCACUUUCUAUGAUCUCUCUCCAUCUCUGUGCUGUUAUAGACAUGAGCCUGCAUCUCUCAUCUCUCCAGCGUUGCACUUCAUCAUUUAUCUCCUAAUAGAAUAAUAGCUGCGGGAAGUAUGCAGCUGCACUCUGUUCAGAAAUAAAUGAAAUAAUUCCCAAUGCUACACCAGGAGUAAGCCUAUAAUUUAACCCCGAAGGAUCCAUAGCUAAUGUUAAAAUAUUGCCAAGCUGUGGAUUGUGUGUAGCCAGAUCACAAGGCAUAGCCUACAGUUGGGAACGUGUGGCAAAGCUGUCAGUGAACAGCAUGCAGCCAAAACAGGCCUUUCAUAAUAUUUCGCUGGAAAAACACUGGUUGGAAAGAAAAUGGAUCCUGCUGAAAAGAAAAUACUUACCUGUCUGUAUGUUACCAAGUUAUCAACUUCCAAAUAGGCCUAUUGAGCGAACAGCAUUGUUUUACAGUCAAGAGAGAGAUACGCUUUUGGCCGGUGAGUGAGCAGCGCAUCAUUGGGUGAGUAAGGGAAACUGGAAAGCUUUUAUAGGACUAUAAUUUCCUCAUAUUGUACAAUAUGUGUCUCCCCGUACGCCUAGGCCUAGGCUAUUGAUGGAUUCAAGACAAGGUUGUUUUUAUUGAUCUCAGAUUCUCAGUUUGUCAGUGUCAAAGUAGCCUGUCAUUUCGAUCGUUUGUGAGGUAUUAAAAAAGAUUCUGCGAAAGUCUCCAGUCAUCUAAAAUUAUGUAGAAUUGCAUGAAAUUCGUUGAUAAAAGCCCAUAUUUUUCCCGGACUCUAGGCUACAAAAAAUGCGUACCAGUACCUAAGAGACGCCCAGGUCCACCCCCCUCUCGGGCACAUUUUUUGUUCCGGCACCUCCUAUAUUACAAAUUAAGCACUGCCUGGUGUAUAUUCAAUAGUACACACCGUAGCAAAAUGUUUGUUAACAGAGACCGUUUUGCAAACAGAAAUUCGUUUUUAAUUGAACAAAUGUAGGUUCCUCCCCGUUUUGUCCUGUAGCUUCCGUUUGGUUCCUAGUGAAAUACACCUACGGUUGUAAGGUUACGUCAUCCCUCUGAACUGGCUCAUCACCUACGGUUGUAAGGUUACGUCAUCCCUCUGAACUGGCUCAUCACCUACGGUUGUAAGGUUACGUCAUCCCUCUGAACUGGCUCAUCACCUACGGUUGUAAGGUUACGUCAUCCCUCUGAACUGGCUCAUCACCUACGGUUGUAAGGUUACGUCAUCCCUCUGAACUGGCUCAUCACCUACGGUUGUAAGGUUACGUCAUCCCUCUGAACUGGCUCAUCACCUACGGUUGUAAGGUUACGUCAUCCCUCUGAACUGGCUCAUCACCUACGGUUGUAAGGUUACGUCAUCCCUCUGAAAACAACGGAGAGAAAAGACAAAGGACCCAAUUCAGUAACGUUUGUAGACUCAGGUCAAGCCCUAUUGUCUAGUGAAGCCCUAUUGUCUAGUGAAGCCCCGUUGUCUAGUGAAGCCCUAUUGUCUAGUCAAGCCCUGUUGUCAAGCCCUAUUGAGCGGAUGGUCGGGGGGCCGGAACAUAAUUACAAAUAAUUUGUAGACUGCAAAUUGACCGCAAGAAGCCCAAACAGAUAUGUUUGACUAAAACAGAAUCAUUUCAAACCUUAUUUACAUUUGUAUAUGAUCUUGUGUCUCUCUAUUAUGCGUGGAAAUGCUUUGGAACAGAUUUCUUGAAUUAAAAUCACUUGGAGCUGAUUUCCUGAUAUAUUUUUUGUCCAACAAAAAAUUAAAUACAAAAAAGUACUAAAGUUCUUUUUAUUUUUUUAUUAAAACAUUCUCAAGGAACUUGGGGGGCCAAAUGAAACCCUAUCUGGUGGCCCGCGGGUCGAAUUUGGCCUGCGGGCUGCCAGUUGGGGAACCCUGGUCUAGUCAAAACCUUUUGUCUAGUCAUACCCUUGUAGUGGAAUUUUACUGUGUCUCUUUCUGCUUUUUCAGUGUCUCACACUUAUCAUAUUUGUUUGACCUGUUGCAUACUUAGAAAUGCCCCUGUUGUAGACAGACAGGGUGUCUAAGGUUUGUCUCACAAGGUCGGCUCAGCGGAGUAGAAAUAUUGGCUGAACGCUCAGACUGGGGUUGCCAGGUGUUCUCAUCCUCUGCAGUCGGUCUCUGGGAGCAAACGCUUUGCUGAGAAAGGAUGCACUUGGCUAUCUUUGUGUAACCCGUAGUAUAAAUAGGCUGAGGGAGAAAUACCUCGUCAGAGCUUCUGACUAAACUCCACAUUUAAGUGCUGUUUGUCUGUAAUCUCUCUGCUGGCUUGAAUAAACAUACAUUAAUUUAAGCUCGACUUUGGGGUCCUUAGUGGUCAUUUCCACGACACCCUAUUGUCUAUAACCAUGUUAUUUGUAAAACUCAUCAGAUAGUUACUGUAUGCCAUAGAUCAGGGGUGUCAAACAGAUUUUGUCCCGGGUGUCGCAUUCGGUCUUCAAUGAGGUCCGGAAGGCCACAUUGAAAAUUGUUUGCAUUUCCUCGUAAAAUAUGCAAUAAAUAGGCCUCUAUCCAUAAAAACAUGUAUGCUCCCUGACUCAUUAGCCUUUCAUUUUUAUGAUUAUUAGCAAGCUGGACACAGUCAAGAAACUGUAUGACUGUAGGUCCAUUAUAAUUUCUACACAGUUUCGAUCAGAUUUUAGUCAUUUAAAAGUAUAUUGAGCUCGUCCCCCUCCAAUACGUUUUUUUAUUUUUUUAUUUUUUUACUCAAUCCACCUGCGGCACAUUAUACUGCGACACACCUGUCAUAGAUAGAUCGUGUUGAUCACAAAUGUAAAUUGAUGAUUAGCCUAUAAAAGGAAUGUUUAUUUCCAGAUGCAUAAUGUGUGAAACCACUUUUGUGCGCUGACCCCUGCAUUUGUCUCCUUCCUGUGUGUCUCAGGGGUGUACGGUGUGGACCCGGACCAGGGCGGGGGCUUCCUCGACAUCCUGAAGGGAGGAACAGAACGCUUUCUGACCAACAUCAAAGACACCUCUUCUAAAGUCAUCCAGUCUGUGGCCAGGUGAGAGAGAGUCUGAUCAGAAACACCUGCAAUACAUUAUACUGAGAAACAUCACACUGAGAAACAUCACAAUACAUUAUACUGAGAAACACCUGCAAUACAUUAUACUGAGAAACAUCACAAUACAUUAUACUACGAAACAUCACAAUACAUUCUACUGAGAAACAUCACAAUACAUUCUACUCAGAAACAUCACAAUACAUUAUACUGACAAACAUCACAAUGCAUUAUACUGAGAAACAUCACAAUGCAUUAUACUGAGAAACAUCACAAUACAUUCUACUGAGAAACAUCACAAUACAUUCUACUGAGAAACAUCACAAUAUAUUCUACUGAGAAACAUCACAAUACAUUCUACUCAGAAACAUCACAAUACAUUCUACUCAGAAACAUCACAAUACAUUAUACUGAGAAACAUCACAAUACAUUAUACUGAGAAACAUCACAAUACAUUAUACUCAGAAACAUCACAAUACAUUAUACUCAGAAACAUCAAUACAUUAUACUCAGAAACAUCACAAUACAUUAUACUGAGAAACAUCACAAUACAUUCUACUGAGAAACAUCACAAUACAUUAUACUCAAACAUCAAUACAUUAUACUCAGAAACAUCACAAUACAUUAUACUGAGAAACAUCACAAUACAUUCUACUGAGAAACAUCACAAUACAUUCUACUGAGAAACAUCACAAUACAUUCUACUCAGAAACAUCACAAUACAUUAUACUCAGAAACAUCACAAUACAUUAUACUCAGAAACAUCACACUGAGAAACAUCACAAUACAUUCUACUGAGAAACAUCACAAUACAUUCUACUCAGAAACAUCACAAUACAUUAUACUCAGAAACUUCACAAUACAUUAUACUGAGAAACUUCACAAUACAUUAUACUGAGAAACAUCACAAUACAUUAUACUGAGAAACAUCACAAUACAUUAUACUGAGAAACAUCACAAUACAUUAUACUCAGAAACAUCACAAUACAUUAUACUGAGAAACAUCACAAUAUAUUAUACUGAGAAACAUCACAAUACAUUAUACUCAUAAACAUCAAUACAUUAUACUGAGAAACAUCACAAUACAUUAUACUGAGAAACAUCACAAUACAUUCUACUGAGAAACAUCACAAUACAUUAUACUGAGAAACAUCACAAUACAUUAUACUGAGAAACAUCACAAUACAUUAUACUGAGAAACAUCACAAUACAUUAUACUGAGAAACCUCACAAAAUAUACUGAGAAACAUCACAAUACAUUAUACGGAGAACAUCACAAUACAUUAUACUCAGAAACAUCAAUACAUUAUACUGAGAAACAUCACAAUACAUUAUACUGAGAAACAUCACAAUACAUUAUACUGAGAAACAUCACAAUACAUUCUACUGAGAAACAUCACAAUACAUUCUACUGAGAAACAUCACAUUACAUUCCUGAGAAACAUCACAUUACAUUAUACCAACAAAAAAAAACAUCACACAAAACAAUGCUUGUUUAAUGACUUUGAGAUAAAAAUACCCCACAUACACCAGGGCGCGUGUACAUAUUCGUUAUGUAUCUUAUUUAUCACAGCCUUUUGAGCGGAAAAUCUGUCAGACAGCACAAGAGCUGCUGUUACAGUACAUGUAUCGGCAACGGAAGUCGGGCUUCAUCAGCGCGUCACACACCACUUAGCAACGAGCUGGAAGGCUUCAUCAGCGCGUCACACACCACUUAGCAACGAGCUGGAAGGCUUCAUCAGCGCGUCACACACCACUUAGCAACGAGCUGGAAGGCUUCAUCAGCGCGUCACACACCACUUAGCAACGAGCUGGAAGGCUUCAUCAGCGCGUCACACACCACUUAGCAACGAGCUGGAAGGCUUCAUCAGCACGUCACACACCACUUAGCAACGAGCUGGAAGGCUUCAUCAGCGCGUCACACACCACUUAGCAACGAGCUGGAAGGCUUCAUCAGCGCGUCACACACCACUUAGCAACGAGCUGGAAGGCUUCAUCAGCGCGUCACACACCACUUAGCAACGAGCUGGAAGGCUUCAUCAGCGCGUCACACACCACUUAGCAACGAGCUGGAAGGCUUCAUCAGCGCGUCACACACCACUUAGCAACGAGCUGGAAGGCUUCAUCAGCGCGUCACACACCACUUAGCAAUGAGCUGGAAGGCUUCAUCAGCGCGUCACACACCACUUAGCAACGAGCUGGAAGGCUUCAUCAGCGCGUCACACACCACUUAGCAACGAGCUGGAAGGCUUCAUCAGCGCGUCACACACCACUUAGCAACGAGCUGGAAGGCUUCAUCAGCGCGUCACACACCACUUAGCAACGAGCUGGAAGGCUUCAUCAGCGCGUCACACACCACUUAGCAACGAGCUGGAAGGCUUCAUCAGCGCGUCACACACCACUUAGCAACGAGCUGGAGGCGGUAUGCAUUUGGAAAACAUAUAGCUGCUUAAUUGUUUGAAACCUGAACGUUUUACUACAUGAGGCAUGUCUUACCUUGCUUCAAAGAAGUAGCCUGGCCAAAAUCAGACCAUAUCCGUGGAGGCAAUUCUUUUAUAUCAACUUUUUUAAAAAUUUUCCAGUAGCCAAGGGCACAAUCCUAGUCAUAUUAGCAACCCAUGCUAGUUGUUGCAAAUUAAGAUCUCCCCUCUUUCUACAUUUAUAACUGAUAUUUUCAUCUCUGUCACAUGAAACCGCUCGCAUGUGCAGUGCCCUUUUGACAACAGUGUUUUCACGCUAAUUACAUUAUGGACCGAACAUUCGCACGUAGCCUACUGCCUUGUGCGCAUUGCUGCGCUUAUAAUGUGAAGAAAUAAUAGUUUAUCAACAUUUUUAAGCGAAACGUUCUGAUCUGUUGCAUCGACCCAUUGCUUUUUUUACGUUUAAAAAAAAAAAUGUAGGCUAGGCCUACUGGUUGUACGAAUUUAGGAUCUAUCGUCCCACAACUGUCCCAGAGUCAGUUUGGAACAAGUUGACCAAUAGAAUGGGCCUAGGGAAACGUUUCUACUAUGGGGUAUAGUAGAUUGACAUAGGCUAGGGAUUUAGCUGUCCGUUACUCGCCUUGUUGGUUGAGGAAAAGUACAUGUGGACAGUUCUUCUAACAUCUUCAAAGUGCACAUCAUAAUUAGGUAAGAAGGACUUUGUCACAUUGUCGACUUGCAUGUUCUGUUAUUAUGAAUUACUAUCAUUCUGGGCACCGUGGAUGGAUGCCCUAAUCAGGUUACGCACCCAAUGCAUACGGGUCCGGUAAAUUUCUCAAAUGUCCGGUGACUUAAAAUGCUGCCGGUCAAAUGUCCGGCGCCACAUUUUCAUAACGGAAACCCCGACACACACACACACACACACACACUCUCUCUCUCUCUCUCCAUUCCUUCUAGGAUCUGAUAACUCAGCCCACCCUUAUCCACUCAUCCUGUUUUGAUUCAUUGGUUUAUUGGUUUGCCCAUUUAGUUGUGUUUUGUGUUUUAUGAGUGUUUUAUGUUCUCUGCCUCCCUACCACAACUCAUGGUCCUAUAAACUCCAUCCUGUAGCCCCAGGUAAAUAUCGGUCACUACACGCCCGCUUUGCGCCCGCCUCAUGUCCUCUGUGUGUGUGUGUGUGUGUGUGUGUGUGCGUGUGCGUGCGCAUGUGCGUGCGUGCGGCCGUAGUCUGCUAAAUCUUCACGCUGCUGUGUCCAUAAUCCAAAGGUUAGCAGCACAAAGUGAAUGGGGUUUGAGUUGAAACAAGGUUUAAAUUCUAAUCCUCCACCGCCUACUAAAAACCAACAUCUCGCCAACGUUCAUGUUCCUAACUCACGUCCAUUUGUGCUGAUCCAACUAGUUUUCUUUAGUUUAGGCAGUAGAUUUUUUUGUAAAAAAGUACAGUAUUUAAAUCUCUCUUUUUAAGUAUCUGUUUCAUUGCCAAUGUGCGGUGAUAGUGAGAUUAAAUGUGACAUUGCAGUGAAAUGCUUCUACACACGACUGAAUAUAGUCCGUGGGUGUCCCGAAAGUCUCUCCUCACUCUUGAAGUGUACACUUGUUCACUACCCCUCAUGGAUUUGAAAGUAAAUGACUGAUAUCUAAAAAGCUCCCUACGCCAAUCAAACGCUUUUAAAUUUGUGGGAAGUGGUGAACGAGUGCACACUUCAGGAGGAAGGAGAUAUUAUUGGGAUACAACCAGAAUGGAGGAAGGAGACAUUAUUGGGAUACAACCAGAAUGGAGGAAGGAGACAUUAUUGGGAUACAACCAGAAUGCCCUUUUGAAAUGUAGCAACUAGAUUGUCAAAUUCUCCUCUUUGUUUGCAACAAAGGAUCUGAAAUGUACCCAUUGUUUGAUUCUCCUCACAGUUAUACCAAGGGAGACCUGGACAUUUCCUACAUCACCUCUAGAAUAGCAGGUAUGUACCCUCAUUCUAGCCUUGUCUAUGAUCAGUUUGUGCUAUCUUGUUUGGUGUGACAAGGAGUUGACAUGAUAGCUCAAACAGAUCUGGGACCAGGCUACUCAUUGUACACUAUUAUGGAUUGUUUUCUUUGAUCACCUUCUAAACUGUGUUGCUUUGCGUUUUUUUUUAAUCAAGCAAAAAAUAAUGCUCAAAUGGGUCUAUGUCUCUGAGCAGAAUUGAAGCUGAUCCAUCUGUACAGUGUUUUCAAAAGGCUAAGUGAAGUAAUGUGAUGGUCACACUGUUCUCUUGUGUGACGUGCGUGUGACGUGCGUGUGACGUGCGUGUGACGUGCGUGUGACGUGUGUGUGUGUGUGUGUGUGACGUGCGUGUGACGUGCGUGUGACGUGCGUGUGAUGUGCGUGUGUGUGUGUGAUGUGCGUGUGACGUGUGUGUGUGUGUGUGUGUGAUGUGCGUGUGUGUGAUGUGCGUGUGAUGUGCGUGUGAUGUGCGUGUGACGUGCGUGUGACGUGCGUGUGACGUGCGUGUGACGUGCGUGUGUGUGUGUGUGUGUGUGAUGUGCGUGUGUGUGUGUGUGUGUGUGUGUGUGUGUGUGACGUGCGUGUGCGUGUGUGUGUGCGUGUGUGUGUGUGACGUGCGUGUGUGUGUGUGUACACCCAGUCAUGUCCUUCCCGGCGGAGGGAGUGGAGUCUGCCAUUAAGAACAACAUCGAGGAUGUGCGUCUCUUCCUGGAUGGCCGUCAUGCAGGACACUACGCUGUCUACAACCUGACCAAGCGCUCCUACAGACCCUCCCGCUUCCACAACAGGGUAAGGCUGCCCACCACCAGACAGAAUAUGACUCAUAUUUACUAUUGAUGUACUAUUAGGUAAAGAAAGGAGGGUUUUGAGGAACAAUUCUACUGGUACACUGAUUGGUUUGUGUGUCCCUGAUUUGAGCGAAUUUUGCAAUCAGUGUAAAAGUUGUAAGUUUAGUAUUGGGUAGUCAUUAGACGGACACCGUUUGAAAAUGGACUUUAAAAGCUCUUCCUGACCCUGCCGUAGGUGUCGGAGUGUGGCUGGCAGGCCCGGCGGGCCCCCAGCCUCAGGAGCCUCUACAGUCUCUGCAAGAACAUGCACCUGUGGCUGAAACAGGACCAGAGGAACAUCGCCAUAGUCCACUGCCUGGUUAGCACAGCCUCCCACAUACACCCUACACUCACUCACACUGCACUGGGACACACAAAGAACUCACCAUCACUUUUUAAUCACAUUUUUCCUCCCAAAAUUGGUAGUCUGUCUGAAAUGCAGACCAACCCCAAAACAUGUACUCUUAGUCCCCCCCAUGUUGACCCAUUAUCCCCCUUGUUUUGUCUGCUGUAGGACGGGCGGGCGGCGUCGGCCGUGGCGGUGUGCUCCUUCCUGUGUUUCUGCCGCCUCUUCACCACGGCCGAGGCGGCCGUAUACAUGUUCAGUAUGAAGCGCUGUCCCCCGGGGAUCUCCCCCUCCCACAAGAGGUAGGUGCUCCUGGUCCAGUGAUCCAGCCUUAAGUAAAGUUUCCCCUAGGUACAGGUCUAGGAUCAGCUUCCCCUCCCCCAAUCCUAACCUUAUCCGGCAGGCAGGCAGCCUAGCGGUUAAGAGCUUUGGGCCAGUAACCGAAAGGUCGCUGGUUCGAAUUCCCGAGCUGGCAAGGAGGAAAAAUCUGCCGUUCUUCCCUUGAGCAAGGCAGUUAAGCCCCAAAAACAACUGCUCCCCGGGUGCCGAUGACGUGGACGUCGAUUAAAGCUGACCUCUCUGAUUUAGAGCGGUUGGGUUAAAUGUGGAAGACAUUCAGUUGGACAACUGACUAGGUAUCCCCCUUUAGGGAUGGGGUCUCUGGUAGUUGACAGGGAUGGGGUCUCCGGUAGUUGACAGGGAUGGGGUCUCCGGUAGUGACUGUAGUUGACAGGGUUGGGGUCUCCUGUAGUUGACAGGGUUGGGGUCAGUUCCAUUUCAAUUCAGGAAGUAAAUGAAAAUUCAAAUCCCAACAUUCAAAAGCUUAAUGAUUCUACAUGAGACAAAUGUGGAAUUUCAGUUGACUUCCUGAAUUGACUGAAUUUAAAUGGAAUUGACCCAAACCUUGUGGUCGGUACAGUCUUUUUCAGAAUCUCUUCUAUAUCCACAUUCAUGGCCUCGGUCUUCACCCUAUGAGAGGACAGGCCACUGUCUUCACCCUAUGAGAGGACAGGCCACUGUCUUAACCCUAUGAGAGGACAGGCCACUGUCUUAACCCUAUGAGAGGACAGGCCACUGUCUUAACCCUGUGAGAGGACAGGCCACUGUCUUAACCCUGUGAGAGGACAGGCCACUGUCUUAAACCUUGUGAGAGGACAGGCCACUGUCUUAAACCUGUGAGAGGACAGGCCACUGUCUUAACCCUGUGAGAGGACAGGCCACUGUCUUAACCCUGUGAGAGGACAGGCCACUGUCUUCACCCUGUGAGAGGACAGGCCACUGUCUUCACCCUGUGAGAGGACAGGCCACUGUCUUAACCCUGUGAUAGACUAGCAGCUGUCCUAUCCAGGGGAUGUACUUGAACAUCAAGCUGCCUUAAUCUUACCAUAUGCUUCCCAGUCGAAACAGUUCACGCAUAUAUUAUGAUAACAUUUUGUGGCGUUUAUGUUCGUUUUGGUCUUUGGCUGUUCGUGCACACGAAGUCAACGCCAAUUCGUUGGUGAUUGGUCAACAGUAUGACUCCUAGUAGGAGUGGGCACAUGAAGUGUUUUCAUGCAAAGGUUUUUACUUGAGAAAUACUGCACAAAACACCUUAGCUAGAUGUAAAAUUGUGCGACUAACAUGCUGACACACGUUAUUCAGUCAUUUCAUCCAAACUGCUCGCGCGUGUCAACGAGCGUCUGCGUAGCCAGGCGCUAAAAUAGAACUUGGUUGCAAGUCCCGCCCCUCCCAUCUCCUCAUUGGUUUUUAGGAGCAUAUACCCACAUGGGGGUGAUUGAAAGAUGAACAGGUCCACACUCCAGUCCAGUUAGUGGUGGUAAUUCACCUUUAAAGUUGGUUCCCAUCCGCCAUAAAAAAAAUCCACAGAAGAAGAAGAAGAAUGAACAAGGAGAAAAACUAAACUAGGUCUCCCCUUUUUAUCUGUGGAUUAAUUAUCAGAGUAGAGAUCACUCGAUUUAGUAUGACUCAAGAUGGGUCACUAUUCUACAAAGAUCCAGCAAAAAAAUGUAUUUCAGGUAAAAUAACAACCCAAUGUUUAUUUUACAUUUUUACAUUUUAGUCAUUUAGCAGACGCUCUUAUCCAGAGCGACUUACAGUUAGUGAGUGCAUACAUUUUUUUUCUUCUUCAUACUCCAGGAUACAUUAGCUAGCAACAACAAUCUAGCUAAAUGUCUAUGAAUGCUUCAUGUGUGUUUCGACCUGUCCCCAAAUGAAUACAGUUGGUUCACAGUUGGUUUUGGUAUUUUAACCUGCCUGUCAUGAACGCUUCCAGUGGGGAUAAAGAAAACGCACGCAUGGAGCCGGUCUGGUCAGCAUGUAAGACUUCCUCUGCAACAACGUCAAAUUUAAUGACCGAUUUCUUGAUUUAUCUUUAGAUUAAUUUGGACUAUUUUGAGGAAGUGCUUCUGGCUAUGUUGCUGUGGUGGCUCAAGAGAGACGAACAACAGUAAUACUGCCACUUCUUUCUUUCUAAGCGAAGGUCUUUAGGGGGUGUGAGAGACAGACUUUCACUUCGCCUACCCGAGUUCUGCUAGGAGCAAACUGAACCUAUGUAUGCGGAUGCUUUACUCUACAGAAACAGAAAAUCUGCUCCUGCCCUAUGGGCCGUUCUGGCUCGGACAAGGCUACUUUUUUUUUAUUUGCUAGGAACUUGAAUCGGGCCGAGAUUCUGUGGCGCCCAGUUCAGGGUUCAAAUGUGUUGAGAUGUUCAGUGCAGACGAGUGCAAGCUUUUGAUUGGUCGUCCGGCUGGUGAAGGAUUGUUUGGUUGGCUCCUGCUGACACACGCUCCUGCUGACUGUUGAUUGGCCCUCGCUGCAGGUACAUGGAGUACAUGUGUGACAUGAUGGCUGACGAGCCAAUCACCCCGCACAGCAGACCCAUCCUCAUCCGCUCCAUCAGCAUGACGCCCGUGCCCCUCUUCAACAAGCAGAGGAGUGGCUGCCGGCCCUUCUGCGAGGUGUACGUGGGAGAUGAGCGCGUGGCCACCACCUCCGGGGAGUACGACAAGAUGAAGUAGGUCACAUGAUGCAGGAUUUGAUUUGUGCUGCGUCCCAAAUAACACCCUAUUCCCUAUUUAGUGCACUACUUUUGACCAGGGUCCAUAAUUUGUUAUAGACAUUUCUCUCUCUCUCGCUCUCUGCAGGGACUUUAAGCUGGAGGACGGACGGGCUGAGAUCCCCUUGAACGUGAUGGUGCAGGGGGAUGUGCUAGUGGUCAUCUACCAUGCCCGCUCAACCCUGGGGGGCCGCCUGCAGGCCAAGGUAGGGACCACAGCAGUCAGGGACGGACCCAGAGUUAGUUUUGCAUUCAGUGAAGUUUGUCUGCAAUUCUGUUAAAUUCAGUGACGGUCUUAAGGACAUGCGUCCAUACGUUUAUAGUUAAAUGAUAUGCCCUAAUCACAGACUUUUUAUAAUGUAUUGAAACAAGAGCUUACCCCAUGAGGCCUGUUGUGCAUGAGUUGUUCCAGAGAUCAAGGUUGCAUUCCAGGCCGACUACAUUGCAGAUGUUGCAUUGCAUCGAACAAUGGUGUGCCACAUCAUUGACUGCACCAUCAAGCAUCAGAUUGCUUUAUCAUACAAUGCGGUUAGCUGAUAUGUUAAACACCUAUCCAGGUGUUGUGAGAUCUGGCACGCGUCUGCUGUGUAGUCAGCCUGGAACCCGACCAAAGAGUGUUUUUCUGGUACUAUGAACUCACGUGGGUGUCCUGCUGUGUGUCUGUUGACUAGAUGGCCUCCAUGAAGAUGUUCCAGAUCCAGUUUCACACAGGGUUCGUGCCCCAAAACGCCACCGCGGUCAAGUUUGCAAAGUAGGUACCGCCAUCCAUAGACUCUAAGCCACUACCUACCCUCAAUCCAGGCAGGUGCACGUGUUUGACGAUAUCCCAGGACACUUCUAAAUCAAUUGAUGGCAGCGGUUGGGAUGCCAUGAUGCCUUUGUGGAGUAUCGGCCAGCAGUUGACUUGACCUGUAAUUGACUUGACCUGUAAUUGACUUGACCUGUAAUUGACUUGCCUGUAAUUGACUUGACCUGUAAUUGACUUGACCUCUAAUUGACUUGACCUGUAAUUGACUUGACCUGUAAUUGACUUGACCUCUAAUUGACUUGUCUCUAAUUGACUUGACCUCUAAUUGACUUGACCUCUAAUUGACUUGACCUCUAAUUGACUUGACUUCUAAUUGACUUGACCUCUAAUUUACUUCUUAUCUACAAACACUGCCUGCGUUCUCUGCACUUCUCCAGAAGUGUGCACUCAUUCACUCCCCCUCAUGCAUUUUAAAAGCAUUGCAUUGGUGCAAGCAUGACUGAAGGGAGUUUCUACCAUGUUGCUCACACCUGUCCAUUCUUUUUAAAUCCAUGAGGGGGAGUGUACGAGUGCACACUCCUGUAGAAGGGUGGAGUUGAACGCAGCCAGUGACAUUAAUUCGUAAGCUAGCUACCUCCAACCUGAGCAAGCUGCAGCAUUUGUUACAUUGACUACAUACCGUCCGCUGUCUGUCUUUCUCCAACAGGUAUGACCUGGAUGCCACCGACAUCCAGGAGAAAUACCCGGACCUCUUCCAGGUCAACCUGGCUAUCGAGGUGGAGCCCUGCGACAGGCCCAGCAACAAGACUCCGCCCUGGGACAACUUUGCCACCAAGGGCCUCAACCCCAAGAUCCUUUUCUCCAGCCGGGACGAGCAGCAGGAGAUCCUCACCAAGUUCGGUGGGUUUCACAGCUGUCAGUCCAAAAAAAUAUCUGUGUGGCCCUCCGUUGAAUUUCGAAAUCCCGAUGUGGCCCUCAAGCCUCGAGGUACUAAACUCAUGUUCUGUCCCACUCCUUCCCUCCCUCUCCCAUAGGCAAACCAGAGCUUCCCCGGCAACCGGGCUCUUUCUCCGGAUCUCUCUACGACACAGCGUCGCCUCAGUUGGAACAGACUCCCGAUAGCUCCACCAUGGAAGUAGAAUCUCACCAGAGCACCGAUACCAAUGCCAACAACUUCUUCCAGACUCUGGAAUGGGAUGGUAUGUCUCCUGUCGUCAAGCACGCCUUUCUAGUGCAUAAACUAUUGCUAAAAAUAGUUAUUUUGAUUCCCUUUGCAAGGACCAAUUACAUGUUAGCUGGUUGAUUGUAUUGAAAAUACUUGAAAGCUGCCAUUGCCCUAAGCCAGGGGCACUCAUAUCCGGGUCUGGUGUACUGGUUUUCUGUUCUACCUGAUCAUUAUUUGUGCCCACCUGGUGUCCCAGGACUAAAUCAGUCCUUGAUAAGAGGAGAAGAAUGACAAUCAGCAGUGUGAGGUUCCAGGUCUAGAUUAGAAUACUCCUGCCCUAAGCCUUUUUUGACGAGUCUCUGUCAUAUAGAUGGGAGUGGACAUGGAGCGGAUGCCUCGGACAGCCUGGGAGGCACCAUGGACGACCAGGACGAGCUCAGUGACGCCUCCGUGGACGAGGAGUCCUACUCCGGCCCGGCCGCCGAGCCCCUCUCCAGGGAGCCUAGCGAGUCCCUGUUCAACGCUGAGUUCCAGGCGGCCGCCACACCCCAGGAGUCCCCGGGGCCCAGCGACACGGCUGACCUGCUGGGCCUCACCUCCGACCUCGGCUCCGCCGCCCCCCCACAACCCUCCGGGGCCACGGCAGCAGGCGGCAUGAAGGCCUCGUCUAGCAACAGUGACCUUCUCAACGACCUGUUUGCCCCCGCGCCCAGCGGCAAGGCUCGGCAGGGCAGUUCCAACAACCUGAUUGGAGACGGAAGUGCCCAGGAGGACCUAUUUUUCAGUAACCCCACUGCACCGCCUGACUCGGCCACCCCCAAACGUAAGCGUCUUAAUGAUGUGUCCGGUUUCUGCCUUGGUGUCAGUAGAAGUGGUAGCAUGUUAGUAUUUGUAUCGUAUCCACGCAGCCGAAACCUUAGUUGAUCCCCUCUGCAUUUCUGGCUAUUUUUGUCCCACAGCAAUGAAUGACCUGUUUGACCCGUUCGGGAUGGGAUCUUCGUCCAGUCAGUCCGGACCCGACCUGUUUGGGGACCUGCUGAGCUCCGACACCAACACUAACCCCCCGCCAACCUCCAACUCCAGCCUCUUCAACCUCAGUAAGACACCAGUAAUAUGUAUAAAAAUAGAACUACAACUCCCAUGUCCACUUCCAUUCAUUCAACGUUGUCUCUCGACAGACAAGCUGACCAACAAUCCCCCUAAGAUGACGUCGUCCGCCAGCCAACCAGACCUGCUUGGAGGGUGGGACAGCUGGGCAUCGAGUGGUAGCAUGGCCGCCGCCUCCUCCUCCAAUAAGCCAGCCUUCCCAGGUAGGUAGUAGGUACUGGGGCUGUUAAUCUAGGAUUUAACACCGUAACAACUGUAGCAGAUGACCACUGAGUUUAUGGGUUUUUCCUCUUGGAAUUCCAGCUCCCGGAGUGUCUUCCUUCUCCAAAGCAAAGUCUCAGAGCUUCGACCCGUUUGCAGACUUGGGAAAACUGGGCCCUACGCUGCCAGGUAAAAACAGACCCCAGUGACUCCUGGUACCAUGCUGCAGUUAGACAGUGGGCUUUACUAUCCAUGGUCUGGGAAUCAGAUAUCAUCUCAUGUAUCUUUUAUCUCUUCUACAUCUUUUAUUUCUAGGUUCCUCAAGUGGCAGUUUCUCAGGCCCAGGCUUCAACCCUAAGAGUGGGGCCUCCACCAAGAGUGCUGGGCAGCCGUGGCAGCAGUCUGGCCGGCCCGCCGCUGGCCAAAGCAAGCCUUGGAUGGCCCCCAGCGCUGCUGCCCCCCAGCCAGCCAAGCCUGCCCCCCAGCCAGCCAAACCCAACUACAACCUUAACUUCAGUGUGAUCGGGGGCCGAGAGGAGAGGGGCGUCAGGGGCCCAGGAUUUGGUGAGACAACCAAUCACAUCACUGUCUGAGCAUGUCCAAUUGGUGACAGCCUCUGUGUAGAAAAGCUUACUCCCCCCGGUCUCCCUCUUUCUUUCCCCAUCUAAUUGAGGAUCUUUGCUCUGUGACUGUAUCUUCCAGGCCCAAAACCCAAAGUCAAAGAGGACGAUUUUGAAGACCUGCUCUCCACUCAAGGUUUUGCCUCCAAGCUAUCCGACAAGAAGGGACCCAGGACCAUCGCAGAGAUGAGGAAACAGGAGCUCUCAAAGAACAUGGACCCCCUCAAACUGCAGGUACCACCAGCAUGCCUUCUCCCAAAUAUACACAAGGGCCUCCUUCUUGGACACAGAUUGCCUUGGCCAAGACUGAGAUUCUCCAUUUAUAAAGCUUUUUAGUCCAGGGGUGUAUUCACUAGGAACUAAACGGAAGCAAACAAGACGUGGAGGGACGUAUACAGUUGAAGUCGGAAGUUUACAUACACUUAGGUUGGAGUCAUUAAAACUUGUUUUUCAACCACUCCACACAUUUCUUAUGUACAAACUAUAGUUUUGGCAAGUUGGUUAGGACAUCUACUUUGUGCAUGACACACGUAAUUUUUCCAACAAUUGUUUACAGACAGAUUAUUUCACUUAUAAUUCACUGUAUCACAAUUCCAGUGGGUCAGAAGUUUACAUACACUAAGUUGACCGUGCCUUUAAACAGCUUGGAAAAUUCCAGAAAAUUAUGUCAUGGCUUUAGAAGCUUCUGAUAGGCUAAUUGACAUAUUUUGAGUCAAUUGGAGGUGUACCUGUGGAUGUAUUUCAAGGCCUACCUUCAAACUCAGUGCCUCUUUGCUUGAUAUCAUGGGAAAAUCAAAAGAAAUCAGCCAAGACCUCAGAAAAAUAAUUGUAGACCUCCACAAGUCUGGUUCAUCCUUGGGAGCAGUUUCCAAAUGCCUGAAGGUACCACAUUCAUCUGUACAAACAAUAGUACGCAAGUAUAAACACAAUGGGACCACGCAGCCGUCAUACCGCUCAGGAAGGAGACGCGUUCUGUCUCCUAGAGAUGAACGUACUUUGGUGCGAAAAGUGCAAAUCAAUCCCAGAACAACAGCAAAGGAACUUGUGAAGAUGCUGGAGGAAACAAGUACAAAAGUAUCUAUAUCCACAGUAAAACGAGUCCUAUAUCGACAUAACCUGAAAGGCCGCUCAGCAAGGAAGAAGCCACUGCUCCAAAACCGCCAUAAAAAAGCCAGACUACGGUUUGCAACUGCACAUGGGGACAAAGAUCUUACUUUUUGGAGAAAUGUCCUCUGGUCUGAUUAAACAAAAAUAGAACUGUUUGACCAUAAUGACCAUCGUUAUGUUUGGAGGAAAAAGGGGGUGGCUUGCAAGCCGAAGAACACCAUCCCAACCGUGAAGCACGGGGGUGGCAGCAUCGUGCUGUGGGGGUGCUUUGCUGCAGGAGGGACUGGUGCACUUCACAAAAUAGAUGGCAUCAUGAGGAAGGAAAAUUAUGUGGAUAUAUUCAAGCAACAUCUCAAGACAUCAGUCAGGAAGUUAAAGCUUGGUCGCAAAUGGGUCUUCCAAAUGGACAAUGACUCCAAGCAUACUUCCAAAGUUGUGGCAAAAUGGCUUAAGGACAACAAAGUCAAGAUAUUGGAGUGGCCAUCACAAAGCCCUGACCUCAAUCCUAUAUAAAAUGUGUGGGCAGAACUGAAAAAGCAUGUGCGAGCAAGGAGGCCUACAAACCUGACUCAGUUACACCAGCUAUGCCAGGAGAAAUGGGCCAAAAUUCACCCAACUUAUUGGGGGAAGCUUGUGGAAGGCUACCCAAAACGUUUGACCCAAGUUAAACAAUUUAAAGGCAAUGCUACCAAAUACUAAUUGAGUGUAUGUAAACUUCUGACCCACUGGGAAUGUGAUAAAAGAAAUAAGAGCUGAAAUAAAUCAUUCUCUCUACUAUUAUUCUGACAUUUUACAUUCUUAAAAUAAAGUGGUGAUCCUAACUGACCUAAGACAGGGAAUUUUUACUAAGAUUAAAUGUCAGGAAUUGUGAAAAAUUGAGUUUAAAUGUAUUUGGCUAAGGUGUAUGUAAACUUCCGACUUCAACUGUACCUACAUUUGUCUAAUAAUAAAUGAUUGAUUUCAUUGCAAAAGUUUUCUGUUGCAAAGUGCUUAGCUACGUUUUUUUACAGAGUGCACUAAUGAAUACACCCCGCUCAGUCGUCGUCCUGGAAACCGUCCCUUGGUGUAUGUAUGUCUACACUGGGGGAUAGUUCAUUCUAUGCAUGUACAUUUCUAGGCGAGUUUUAAAUCUCUGAACCUGUUCUGAGGGAUUCUGGUUUGUGUUCCUUGUACCAACCAAGAUCCUGGAUUGGAUUGAGGGGAAGGAGCGGAACAUCCGCGCCCUCCUCUCCACGCUUCAUACAGUCCUGUGGGAGGGCGAGACGCGCUGGAAGCCCGUAAACAUAGCAGACCUAGUCACUCCAGACCAGGUUAAGAGGUACUACAGGAAAGCUGCGCUGGUGGUGCACCCCGAUAAGGUAACAUCAAUGUGACCUUCCCAAAACUACCCCGGUGACACGUUAUUUAAUAGGUUUAUCAGUUAGUCAUAACUGUGUCUACUCUCCCUGUGGUGAAUGCAUGCUCUUUGUGUUCUUCUGAAGACUGAUCGCUGUAGAUGAAUGGCUGUGUUAAAGUUUAGUAUUGUGGGCUUGAAAGCAAUAUCAAGUUCUCGAUCUGUGAACGCUAACCGCAGUUGAACCUCCUUCCUUGCAGGCCGCAGGAAAGCCUUAUGAAGAUUACGCUACACUGAUCUUUAUGGAGCUCAAUGACGCCUGGUCAGAGUUUGAGAACCACGGCAGCAAAGCCCUCUUCUAAGACUUACUGAUUCGGGGCCCAUAUUGGGCCCUUGAGGGCUGCCCCCAUCUUAGAGAGGUCUGCCAACCCUCCUGCCGUUGAGAAAAAGGCACCCUCCUUUAUUUCUCAUCUGCAGUUCAACAUCAUUGCCCGUCAAAAGACACUGCCACCGCACGCAAAGGGUGGCAUGGGAUGGGAGACCAGGGGUUCAAAAGCUUGGAAGAUCGAGGGGUGGCGAUGACAACAGAGACAAUCACUGAGAAGACCAGAUGGUCACCAACCAGGCUCCAGCCAAUCUGAAAUGUGGGGACUGUAUGUCCACUCGACCACAUAGACUUUGUUGCUGUGGACACUGCUCUAUUCCUUUACACUCCGUGGAUAGACCUUUCUGCAUAAUCCUCUCUUUCCGAGAGACCAAUAGUUCAUGCUGUUGUUGCUUCUUGACAGAACCAUUCCCCCACUAACAGACUCCUCCCUCCUCCACAAGCCCUCUACCGUAAGCGCCUUGCUCUGCGGAUGGCAAAAAAAAAAACAGCUUGCUCAUCACUGCACCCCCCGGCAACAUAGGAGACAAAUAGAGAAUAUAGGGAUUUCAUCUGGUUGCUUUUUGCCAUGUGGAAUUGUGCAAUAUGUCUGGUCUUUUUUGUGUUCUCUGUCAAUGAUAGUCCUCACUUCAGUGUAAAUAUUUCCUCAAUGAUGUGGUUCUUUGGGUAGAUACUGAGAUGCCGAUUUCAACAGAGGUCUGUGUGUUUGUGUUGUAUAAGGACCUAACCACCUUGCUCUCUGUACCAGUAGAUCAUCAUGACUUUCUUUUCCAAUGAUCUUGUGUUUAUAAUUCUACUUAUUACACAAAAGGUUUACAGGGAGUUUUCAUUGCAACCCUCCAUUUUGUGUUCCAUAUCUGUUGUUUUUGUCUUUACUUUAAAAUGGCCUCCUGAUAGCCUCCUGAAGCUUUUUGUGUAAUGUUUUCAGAUAUAUAUAUAUAUAUUUGGUUUUCAUUUUUACCUCAUGGACCAACUUAAAACAACUAUUUUCUUAUUGUUGUGGGGUAUCAUAAGUAUCCAUGACAUUUAAUUGCAGAACUUAAUAAAUAAAAAAUAAUAUAUGAAUUGAAUGUCUUGAAUGUGACGGAGGGAAGGGGCGUUAUAGGUGGUCUCAUGAGACAGUUGUUUUGCCGAGCUGAAAUCAUUCCGAAGCGUCUUAACAUGAAUGUGCUUUUAUAUGAAGAAAAAAAAAAUGUAUGCACUCA